GUUAACAUCACCAGGGUCUUUGUUUUCCAUUCACCUUUCAGAUUCCAGAUUUGAUCCACCUGCUUUUGUUCUGGAUACACAGCGCAGCGGUCUGUAGUGAGCGUUUGGUUUUGGACUCAAAGCAUGGAAACUUCUUUAAUGGACAUUUUGUGAACUUUUAAAUCCAACUCUUCUUGUUGUCCUGGGAUGAAAAACUAAACUACAUGAAUGUCAUAUUUUUCCAGAUGAGGACUUUUGAGCUGCUAAUCAGUUCCGGCUGAUCACCACACCAGUUUUGCAGCUGUGAUCGCAGUGACGAUGUUUCACUUUUACACCUCGCACUAUUUGUUGUUUUUUGCUGCUUUUUGGAGCCUCAGCUACCCGGGCUUGCUUAACGCCUGGUCGGGGAUCCAUGGAAGCAAGUCCAAGGACCAGCUGGAUCCCAAUGUAAGGGACUGGGGGGAUUAUUCAGACCUCCCCCCGGGUGUAGAGCAUGGAUUAGGACUGGAAGAAGAAGACAACAAGUAUGGAAACAACAAGCGAGUGGAGGAGCCGUCUUCCAGCCUCGCUCCAGAGCUGGACUUCUUGGCUGACUUUGCAGGUAAAAAGCGGCUAUGGGUGAUCACAGCUCCUUCACACAAUGACCACUACCUUCGCAUGAUGGAGAAACAGCUUGAGGACACAGAGCAGAAAGGUCUGAACUGCCUGCUGGCAGAAAGAGACACCUUCAUUAUUACCAUCAUACAGAAUGCCAUGAUGGAGGGUCGGAUCCAGAAGACAACUAUUCAAGGGGAGGCGACAGUGGAGAGUCUGGACCCUGACACCGUCACCAAGCUGCUGCACCACCUGGAGCUCAACAGCCAAGAGUUCAACAUGCUGGUCAUGAAGAAGAACCUGCGGGUCAGUGAGCGCUUCCCUUACCCAGUCCGCACUGAAGCCAUUUUGGAGCUUAUUGAUCAGUUUCCAAUGAGAAAGCUGGAGAAGAUGACCAGAAAGGGAUCCAAUAUGAGGUGUAAAAGCACAAAAAAGAAGGUUGUGGUGAAAAGGAUGAAGAAAAAGAUGGUGUUGAGCCCACAGAGGCGAGGAAAUGUGACCUCUGUCAUGGCGAUGCAAAGGAAACCUCCUCUGGAUAAAAAAGCUGCUCUGAAGAGUAAAAUCCAGGAUAUAUUGAAUGGGCGGUCGAGGUUUGUCAUCCGUAAGACCCCCUCGGCAGGAUCCAUAAAGGUGAAGGACCCUAACACUGUCCAACGGGUGACAUCUAAUCAACGGGAGAAAGGAAGAGCAUCCAGUUCUUCUUCUGUUUCAAGAAAUGAGGACAUAAAGAAAGCCAGACCCGACUCUCCAGUGGAAGAAGAGAAGAGCAAACACGCAGGGCAGAACAAUGAAGAUAAAACAGAACCUAAAGAAAAGAUGGACGCACAGGAGAAACAGAGCUCGAAGAAAAAAGGCAAAGGGAAGAAAGGAAAGAAGGGGAAAGGAAGAGGGAAAAAGUCCAAUAAAGAGGCAAGUGAGAAGGAUAAAACAGCCCUGAAGGAAUUUCUGGAUGGUUUGAAAGGGACAAGAAGGCUGAUGGUGAUUUCAACACCCAGCCGUGAAGCCACACUUUACAUCCAGCAGAACGAGGAGAACAAGAAGCAACGCUGCCAGCUGGCGAUCAGGAAGAUCACUGUAGUGACUCUGGUCGGAGAGGGGAGCCAAGCCUCGCUCACCCUGGAGCACCAACAGCUGGAGUCGGAGCCUCGACUGAGCGACCGAUCCGACCGGUUCUCCGAUCCAGAGCUGAUCUCUCUGCUGAGGACGGAGCUCGGCUUGUCAUCCUCUGACCUCUUUUCAAUGACCGUCACUGAUUAUGACAUCAAAUCAAAUCGAGUUUUUGAAGCUCCUCCAUCAAGCUCAGCUUUGUUCGAGUACAUUGACAACUUUCCCUCGAGGCACUCAGAGAAAGAGAGGGAGAGGAAGAGCCCUUCAGUCUGCGCCAAACACACACAAGAGCCGGCGGCUGAAAACACACUGCUCAGGUUCAUGUCUAAGAGGAGGCUGUUGCUCAUUUCUGCUCCCUCUGAAGAUGAUUACUCUCUCCAACAACAGCUGUCUGCUCUCAGCGGUCAGGGGUGUCACCUGGGUAUUCGACACUUCGCCAUGUUAAAGUUGACAGGAAGUGGACAAAAAGCAUCAGGAACUGUUGAGCUUUUUCCUUUAAACGGUCGCAGUCAGAGUGAGGUUGAGACUCUCCCUCGUGAGAUGGUCAACAAUCUCAGGGACCAGCUGAAGAUCAGCAAAGACUACUUCAGCAUGCUGGUGGUGGGGAAGGACGGCGACGUCAAGGCGUGGUUCCCGUCGCCCAUGUGGUCCCUGGAUAACGUCUACGACCUGGUGGACUCGAUGGAGCUCCGCCUGCAGGAGGAGAGGCUGCAGAAGAGGCUGGGAAUCCACUGCCCCGAGGAGAGGGGAAGAGGAGGCAGCGAGGACGAACACUACGGCGGAUAUGAAAGAGCGGAGGAUUCCUAUCCGUACCACCGACCGGAGGAGUAAAGGAGAGCGGCGACGCAGCAGAGAGAGGAAGAUGUAUCUAAUUUCUUAAGAGAGAAAUGCAGCAACAUGUGGAUCUGACACAAGCAGACAAAGAAACAAUGAACUUUAAAAAAAAAAAAGAACGCAAGUCCUAAAAAAAAAAAAUCAUGCUGAUGUUUCUUGAUUGCCA